AUGACUUCCGAUGCUGAGUCCACCCACGACCAAACCAUUAUGGACCUGACGGCGACUCCGUGCGCCAUUUGUGGCCCGUCUACGCGCGACGAGGUGAUGGUCGGCUGUGACGGUUGUUCGGAAUGGUUCCACAUCCGUUGCGUGGGCAUCGAGAAAGACAAUCUGCCGAAAAAAUGGUACUGCCAAAGCAAGGCUUGUCAGGAGACGGCCCAGGAGUACCGGCAGAAGCAGAAGGACGCCAAGAAGCAGCCUCGCACCCGGAAAAACGGCAACGAGUCGGACAUAUCCAGCGUCAGCUCUCGUCUAGCUGCGUCUAGCGUGGAAGCAAAAGGCAGAGCGUUAGAAGAGAAGCAGAAGCAGCAGUAUGAAGAGCUGGAGGUGGAGAUGCUGCUGCGGAAGAAAGAAAUGGCGAUGCAGCGCGCAUUCGAGCAGCGAAAGAUGGAGUUGGAGCUACAGAUGCGCGCUGAAGAAGAAGUGAAGCAAAGGGCAUGGCAAGCGGAGAUGCUCCAAAAGAAGAAGGAGCAGCUUCAGCGGCUGAAGGCGAACAGGGAGUCGUCCUUCGAGAUACAAAUGGCGGCCAUGGAUGAGGAGCUAGCUGAACUUUCGGGUCGAAAGUCGAAGCCGGCGCCGAAAGUAGUCACGGACGUUUCGCGAGCGAUUCCUUCCGGCAAAAUCAACCCGAACGUGUUGAAGCUGAGCAAGGAGAAGGAGAGAAAGCAAACGCGAGGCUACGACAGCACCGACGAAGAAGACGAGGAUGACUAUUCCGACGAUUCGGAUCUGCAGAGUCAGAGUUCGGUCUCGUCGAUGGAGCGCAAGACAACACGGAAGAUGCGCAACAAAGUGGGAAGUCUCAGCCAAAACGGGCUGGGGCAGCAGCAGACCCGACCGACGAAGGCACAGCUGGCUGCGAGGAUGGGGUUAACCUACAAACUCCCAAAAUUCUCCGGCAAACCAGCACAGUGGCCAUUGUUCUACGCGGCCUACAAAGUGUCCAACGAUGUCUGCGGCUACAUGAACCACGAGAACUUGAUGCGACUUCAGGAAGCUCUGGAAGGCGACGCUCUCGAGCUGGUGUCCGGGCAGUUGCUUCUUCCCGAAUCCAUCCCGCAAGUAAUUGAGAAGCUGCGCCGGCACUUCGGCCGCCCGGAACAACUGCUUCAAUGCCUGCUGGACAAGGUGAACCGGCUGGAACCCCCGAGGCCGGACAAUCUGAGGAGUUUUGUUCCAUUCGGAAACACGGUGGAGCAACUCUGCGGCCAUCUAGAGGCAGCGGAUCUACGGCAACACCUCGUCAACCCGCUGCUGAUAAAGUCGCUGGUCGCCAAGCUGCCGGAUCGGGAAAAGCGUGAGUGGGUUCAUUACCGGCGAGGUCGAGGGGAAACAACGUUGCGGACGCUGACGGAUUUCCUGAUGGACAUCGUGGCAGACGCCUGCGAAGCUAACGUUGACGUGGACUUCGUGGAGUUCAAUCCACCGCCGCCGUCCGAAGCAGAUUCCCAAUCCGAAGAGGAGGGUUCGGAUGAGGCUGGACCCAACCCGCUCAUGCAUCCGGUCGGAAAUACGGUCGGGCUGAGUGCACACAUCCGGACAAACUGCACGGUAUUGUUCCGGAUCGUUCCGGUGCAGCUGCACUACGGUGGAAAAACGGUGUCAGUGCUGGCGUUCCUGGACGAAGGUGCUUCCGUCACGCUGGUGGAGAAAAAGCUCGCCGACCGUCUGGGCGCGGUCGGAGUACAAGAGCGAUUGACCAUCCAGUGGACGGGAAACACGUCGAGAGAGAAGGAUUCCCGAAGAAUGAGUCUUUGGGCGUCGGGAACAGGCGCUGCAGCCGGCGGCAAAAUGCUGUUACACACAGUGCACACGGCAGACAAGUUGAUGCUGCCACAUCAAAAGUUGGAUUUGGAGGAGCUUGCAGCACAGUACGAGCACAUGCGAGGGCUGCCCAUCGAAUCGUACGACGGACAGCCGCAGUUGCUGAUAGGGGUAAACAACAUCCACGCGUUUGCGCCGAUAGAAGCAAAGGUGGGUACGCCCGUGGAACCGAUUGCGGUUCGAACCAAACUAGGAUGGACGGUGUAUGGGCCGCGACAGGAAACCUCGGCGACGGCCGACAACUAUCUCGGUUACCACCGGCAGAUAACAAACGUGGGUCUGCCGCCCGAGCUAUUUAAGAGCAACCAUGCGUUGGAAGAAUUGGUGGUGGCAAUUCCACGGGGAACCGCAAAGAAGAAACGGAGCCAGGAAAUACGAGAGCGAACCACCCAACUCGUCGGCGACCGCUGCACAACCGGGUUGCUGUCGAAGGCCCGCGGACAAAAAGUUAAAACGUUUCCUAAACCGGACAGUCACAGAAGAACCACCACGAACAUGGUCCCGAACGCAAGAAGACAGGUUGAACAGCAAAAUAGGUGGGUUCGAAUUCCGAAACGGGAUGACCAACUCGCUGGAAGCUCUACGGAGCCUAGAAGAGGCGAAGCCGGUGACACCGGCGCAUUGGAGCUGUGUCAUCCUGCAGAUGGCAAAGGAGAAAGUCUUGGGAGCGAUCAGGAAUCCAAGUGGAGACCAGCGUUUUCGACUUGGUUUUUGACGAGGCACCGCAGCGAGUUGUUGCCGCAGCUGGACGAGGAAAAGCGGCCGUCGAGAAGGCUCGUCGCAAAUGGAACAAGUCCGGGCGAAGUCACGAUCGAUCUGCAGAAGAAAAAGUGUUGGGCGAUUCGCGCGCCUGAUAAGGGGCGUAAGUUGUCGGACGAGGUGCAAGCUACAACAAGCAGAAGCGGCUGGCAUGAUCGAAACCGAAGCACUGUCGUCGAUAUACCUUCCGAUGGUCAACCAGCGGUCGAAAUGGUUCGACGAUCAGCAACCUCUUCGAGAGGGCGACUUGUAUUCGUGGUCGAAGGCAAGAACCAUAGGUCCUGGACAUGCCUCACAAGCCAACGUGAGGACACAGAUGGUAAGGUACUGAGACGAGGCGUAAUAAAGGUUGCGGCGUUAAAAGGUAAGGUAAAUCCAGGAAUGCAGGAUAUUACGGGCUAGGGUGUUGCGACGCCGCAACAUGGUGCACAACAAAAUAAGUUUUCUGGGCCGGUCUAAUAUUGGACCCGUCUAACCGCAGCAUAACGCAACAUGACAGUUCUCGCGCGCAGUGGUAGUGGUAGGCGAAAUGAGACUAGAUAACUGAUGUGGAAGAGGGAAAUAAAUAAAAACAGGAGAAUUUCGCCAUCGUAAGAAUAGCAAAGAAAGUAGUUCUGUAGUUGUUUCGGAAUUAAUAAUUUAAUUAACUUGUGAGUGCCUUUGAGCUUAAGUUCAGAGUGCGGCGCGAGGUGCGGUGUAAAUUAACAGAAAGUCCGUAAGGUAAAACCUGAAAAGAAAGGCUAAAUGGUUAGUGGAACAAUUAAAAAUACUUAGCUGCAUAUUUCUUCUUAGCUGCGCGAAUUCUGGUACCGGGUGAUUCCUGAAACAAGGAAAUUUACCAAACAAACCUACCGUGUCAGUGGACUGUAUGUAAGUAGACGUAAAACGAAUGAAUUAUCCUAGAUCCGGUUAUUAAUGACAUAUAUUCGUGUCCCAAAAAUAGCACCCGUGCAAAAGCUACCAAUUUAGGGUAACGUCACUCAGAUUGGACCACUUUGAUUAGAAGUUACAAAAGAAGUCGUGGCAGAGGAAACCAAUUAAUUUUUAAGCGUUGCUACAAAAAACUUGAGCCGCUCUAAAAACCUGGUUUCCCUCUCGGGAACAAUAUCAUUGGAACAACUCGCAAGCAACAAUACACCCAUUUGAAAUUUACUAUAUGAAAGAUAAUAAACUUGUAAAUGUUAGCUUCAUUAUCAUAUCGGAAGUAAUGGCUCACGAUACAGUUGCGGUCCAGUUGUUCAUCUCGAAAAUGAUAGAUUUUAUGAAACAAUUAACGAACUUUUCUAAAAUUUAUUUUAUGUCUGAUGGGGCAGCAUCACAAUACAAAAAUAAGAAGAACUUUGCUAGUCUAUGUAGAUUCCAGUCAAAGCAUGCAUUAAGAGCAGAAUGGCAUUUUUUUGCAAUGUCCCACGGUAAAGGUCCAUGUGAUGCUAUUGGUGGCACUCUCAAGCGAAUGGCAAAGAGAGCAAGUCUUGCUCGAGAUUAUGGAAAUACCAUAACAACUCCACGAGAGUUAUAUAACUGGGCAGUUGUACAGACAGAUAAAAAUAUAACUAAAUUAAAUUUCUGUUACGUAUCCACUGAACAGUACAUUAAAAUGUCAGAAGAUCUCGAAGAAAUAUAUAAUAACGCCAAAACAAUACCAGGCACUCAGAAAUUCCAUAGUUUUUUUUGCCUAUUCAGAAGAUGAACCAAAAAUAUUUAGUAUGAUCGGAAAAAAAUAGAAAAGAACAUGUUUGAAAUUGGCUCUAAGACACAUAUAUAUAUAUAUAUUUGAAAAAUUCAUAAUUAUAAAUAAUUGUAUAUUUAAAAGUGCACUUCAAUACAUAUUGCGAUCAAACAUUACAUUUCCUAAGAAAAUACAUUUGUAAUAUUUUGAAGUUUUUUAUGUAUAGGAAAACCCUUCCAAAUGAUUGAAUAAAUAACACAAAAUCUCCUAGAAAA